AGUCUACAGAACAGGCUGCCGUUGCAGAUCCUUGCUUCUUCGGUAUGCUGACGGGGUUGGAGGUAAUGCUUAUGGAACUAGGAGGCGACCUGUCAUUGUAGAUGCUACUACUCGUCUUUUUGCCAGCACAGCUAACACCAACUGAAAAGCAAUUUCCACACAGUAAAGUACUACCUCGUAUGGCCUCAAGCUUGUCAGUUUUUUUUUUUUUUUUGGAUGAAGAUUCCUCUGACCCAAAAGGCCAAAACAUGAGCUUUCGUCCAUCAUAUACCAAAGCAUACAUGUAGAGCUUUCUUGGUGCAACCAUUGAGUAGUUGAAACCUCAUUCAUGCAUCAAUUCUCCACGGUGCCGAUUUGAUGCAUGAAAGUAGCAAAGUUUUGUCGCUGUCCCCAGGUUGCUUUUGGGGGGUUUCUGAAAGGUUUGUUGUAAACAGG